UCCUUCCCUCAUGGCCCUGUAAUGAGCUCCUCUCUGCCUGGCUACAUCAUGUUCUUCAUUACGUCCGGUCACAAAGUGGACUCAGCUCAAUUUAAAGUGAUUGGACCUGACCACCCUGUCAUGGCCACUGCAGGUGAGGACAUUGUGUUACCCUGUCACCUCAGCCCCAGGGUAAGUGCUGAGAGCAUGGAGGUGAGGUGGUACCGGUCCCAGUUCUACGCACUCGUGCACCUUUAUCGCGACGGGGACACUCAGAACGAAAGGCAGAUGCCGGAAUAUCAGGGAAGGACGGAAUUUCUGAGAGACGACAUUGCGAAUGGAAGCGUUGCCUUGCGAAUACGCCAUGUCAGACCCUCUGAUGAAGGACAGUACAGGUGCUUUUUUCGAUCAAGUGUUUUUCAUGAAGAAUCCCUGUUGGAACUGAAAGUAGCAGGUCUGGGCUCUGCUCCUCUCAUCUCUGUUGAGGGUUAUCAGGAUGGAGGGAUUCAAAUGGUGUGUCGAUCAGCUGGGUGGUACCCAGAGCCCGAGGUGCAGUGGAGAGAUCCCAGUGGACAGGCUUUAACGUCACUGUCAGAAACAAAACCCCGAGGGGCUAACGGCCUGUUUGAGACACAGAGUUCUAUCAUUAUAACAGAGACUUCUAACCAGAGCCUGUCCUGUCAUAUCAGGAACGCCCUCCUCAACCAAGAAAAGGAGUCGACAGUUUAUAUAGCAGAACCUUUUUUUCCAAGAGUGUCUCCCUGGAUGGUGGCUCUGUACGUGUUCCUGGUUAUCUCCUUUGCUUUGUUAGGCGUUGCUGCUUUUCUCUUCACAUUAAGAGGAAACCUUCAUGCAAAAAUUGGGAAGAUCCAGGCUGAAAAACGAAAACUUCUUGAAAAUAUCAGUGAUCUCCAAGAAGAAAUUAGGAGAUUGCAGGCAGAAAUCGGGAAAAACCUUGAAAAUAUCAGUGAACUCCAAGAAGAAAUUAGGGCACAUCUUGAAAAUAUCAGUGAACUGAAAGAAAAAAUUAGUGGACUGCAAAGAGAACUUGAAUGGAGAAAAGCCCUAGUUUGUCCAACGAAUGUGACCAUGGAUCCAAACACAGCAAACGCCCAGCUCGUUGUGUCUGAGGAUCGGAAAAGCGUGAGGCGUGGAAUUGCACGGCAGGAGGUGCCGGACAAUCCAGAGAGAUUCCAUUCUUUCUGUUUGCUGGGCUGCGAGAGGUUCACCUCGGGGAAACGUUACUGGGAGGUGGAGGUGGGAGAUGGGGGAUUUUGGGCUGUGGGUGUCGCCAGAGAGUCUAUGAGGAGGAAGGGAGGGAUCAGAUUUAACCCUGAGCAGGGGAUCUGGGCUGUGGAGCGGUGUGGGGAUCAGUACCGGGCUCUCACCUCCCCUGAGACUCCCAUGCCCCUGAGCGAGAGGCCUAAGAAGAUUGGGGUUUAUCUGGACUAUGAAGCGGAGUGGGUGGCAUUUUAUGAUACUGGUAAUGAGACCCUGAUCUUUACUUUCACGUCAGCGUCUUUCACUGGGGAGACAAUCCUUCCCUUCUUCUUGGGGAUUGGCGUCCUGCUCAAAAUCUGCCCCUGAGGCCUGGAGAUGGGGAGGUGGAGUCAGGGGUAGCAGUAUCCCACUGGGGUUCCCUCUGGUUGUGGACCAGAAAUGGACUGAACUGGUCAUUGUCCCAGGGACAGCUCAGAUGGGUUACAACACACUGCUAUGGCUCUAGAGAG